CCGUGUAGUUUUACGCCAGAUUGCAGUCAAGUGAGUGUCUUCAAAGUAAGAAGACAAGAUCCUCGUACGUUCUACUGAAAAUUUUUGCUGCGUCAUUAACUACUUCCGAAGAAGAGAAUCAUGCAGAUCUUCGUCAAGACGUUAACAGGCAAGACGAUAACCCUCGAGGUUGAGGCUUCCGAUACGAUUGAGAACGUCAAGGCCAAAAUUCAGGACAAAGAAGGAAUUCCUCCGGACCAACAACGAUUGAUCUUCGCUGGAAAACAACUCGAAGAUGGACGCACACUCUCUGAUUACAAUAUACAGAAGGAAUCCACUCUUCAUCUGGUUCUACGACUGAGAGGCGGAAUGCAGAUUUUUGUCAAGACUUUGACUGGAAAGACGAUAACCCUCGAGGUUGAGGCUUCCGAUACGAUUGAGAACGUCAAGGCCAAAAUUCAGGACAAAGAAGGAAUUCCUCCGGACCAACAACGAUUGAUCUUCGCUGGAAAACAACUCGAAGAUGGACGCACACUCUCUGAUUACAAUAUACAGAAGGAAUCCACUCUUCAUCUGGUUCUACGAUUGAGAGGCGGAAUGCAGAUUUUUGUCAAGACGUUGACAGGCAAGACGAUAACCCUCGAGGUUGAGGCUUCCGAUACGAUUGAAAACGUCAAGGCCAAGAUUCAAGACAAAGAAGGAAUUCCUCCGGACCAACAACGACUGAUCUUCGCUGGAAAACAACUCGAAGAUGGACGCACACUCUCUGAUUACAAUAUACAAAAAGAAUCCACUCUGCAUCUUGUACUCCGCCUUCGAGGUGGAAUGCAGAUUUUUGUGAAAACGUUGACUGGGAAGACUAUCACAUUGGAAGUCGAGGCUUCUGAUACGAUUGAGAAUGUCAAGGCCAAAAUUCAGGACAAAGAGGGAAUACCUCCGGAUCAACAACGAUUAAUCUUUGCCGGAAAGCAGCUGGAGGAUGGACGCACACUCUCUGAUUACAAUAUACAGAAGGAAUCCACUCUUCAUCUGGUUCUACGAUUGAGAGGUGGAAUGCAGAUUUUUGUCAAGACAUUGACAGGCAAGACGAUAACCCUCGAGGUUGAGGCUUCCGAUACGAUCGAGAAUGUCAAGGCCAAGAUUCAGGACAAAGAGGGAAUACCUCCGGACCAACAACGACUGAUCUUCGCUGGAAAACAACUCGAAGAUGGGCGCACACUCUCUGAUUACAAUAUACAGAAGGAAUCCACUCUUCAUCUGGUUCUACGACUGAGAGGCGGAAUGCAGAUUUUUGUAAAGACGUUGACAGGCAAAACGAUAACCCUCGAGGUUGAGGCUUCCGACACGAUCGAGAAUGUCAAGGCCAAAAUUCAGGACAAAGAAGGAAUUCCUCCGGACCAACAACGAUUGAUCUUCGCUGGAAAACAACUCGAAGAUGGAAGAACGCUUUCCGAUUAUAACAUCCAGAAAGAGUCGACCCUUCAUCUGGUUCUACGACUGAGAGGCGGAAUGCAGAUUUUUGUUAAGACUCUGACUGGGAAGACUAUCACAUUGGAAGUCGAGGCGUCCGAUACCAUCGAAAAUGUGAAAGCUAAAAUUCAAGACAAAGAAGGAAUUCCACCGGACCAGCAAAGAUUGAUCUUCGCUGGAAAGCAGUUAGAAGAUGGACGCACACUUUCUGAUUAUAACAUCCAGAAGGAGUCGACCCUUCAUCUCGUUCUCCGUCUCCGAGGAGGUACUUCGUGCAUAAAUUGAGAUACAGUGGAAUGAAGAAUUUCGGUUUCACUGUCAGACAGGAAACCAUCACUCUCGAGGUUGACGAUUGAAAACAUGAAAGCAUAAAUCUAAGAUAAGGAAGGCAUUCCCAGGUCAGCAGCGACUAAUCUUUGCCGGAUAACUAUUAGAAAACGGCCCGUACUCUUUCCGAUUACAAAUUUAAAAAAAAGAAUCUAUUCUUGUUGUUCUUCGAUUUCGAGACGGCUAAUGAUUCCAUUCAAUGGUCAUUACUUAAAUAAAACAAAAAUUGUACGAAAUCGAG